AACAUAUACUCUUCUAUAUAACUUCGCGAUUGGACGCAAGUGCGAUGAUAUUUGAAUGUUAACACUUUUGCAUGGCUUUCUCUCGUUGGACUUAAUCAAUAUCUUCAAAACAUGAGUAGAAAGGAUUCAUAUUAUUACUACCAUUACUGGAGUAUGUUUUGAGGUAUGAGCUACUCUGAAAUGCGACAAUCACUAUACAGGAACAUAUCCCACACGUGUGGUGACAAUGAGACCUCAAUAAACCAUUUUGGAGUCCAACCCAUUUCAACCUUUUUCCAAAUUCUAGACUCAUCAUUACAAAUUCAAUAGGGAAUAUUCUCGGAUUACCAAUUUAUGCGAAGGAAAACCUCUUAAGCAGAUAAAGUAUUUAUCUAAUCUUUUUCAAUCUGAUACUUUGAUAUUCAUCUAUCCAAAUAUUCCAAGAAACAGGACAAGAAAAUUUCGGCACGACGGCCGAAAAGACAUAAUUUUCUUUCCAAAAUCAGUAAUAAAUAUCGAAUCGGUUCCUAGAUCGAUCCGAUUCCAGGGGCUUGGACGCAAUGAUUCGCUUCGUGACAAGUCAACGUCGCACUAGUGAAAGCCGUGCGUGUUUCUACUAUCUUCAUGAACCUUGAACUCGAAACUUUGCACGUCGAUUGUUAGAAUAUAGUUCAUCAGGGGAAGAAAAUAGUGGACUGAUCUUUGGGGAUUAAAGUUUACCCUGAAGCUUAAACUAAGGGGUUUUUUUGUUGCGGCUGCAACUUUUUUAUUUGUUCGCCAGGUCUUGUCAGUUUGACUUGUGGUGAUUCUACUUCGAGUGAAGCUUUUCUUGAUUGAUGUUUGUUAAGCUUUCAAUCAAAUAUUGCGAAUUAUCAUGAAUAAUAGGUUUAAAUGGGGAUACGAUUGAGUCAAAAUUGUAUGAAAUAGUUUUUUAUCAUAUUAUAUCCCGAGUCCCGAUUGGAUGAUAUUCCCAAACACUUCACGCACAGACUAGUGGUAACAAAGUCGCGAAGUUCUUACAUCACCUUAUAUUUUCCUUCCUGCGACCAUUUGACAAGGCAAAUUUCGUGGAUACAGUAGGUAUGAAACGCGCGAUCUAGCCUUAGAAGAUCGCGGGUAGAAAUUCCAACCGUGUACCUUAUGCACAUCGAAGUAGUUAGUUGUUGGUGUCAACGGCCUUACGUUCUAUUCAUCCUUUGUCCUUCCCCGCGAUUUUAGUGAUCUAGUCGAUGUGAUUAUAAUAAUUUGACAUAUGGUAUACGCGUUAAUGAACUUACUACACCGUAGUCUGCAGGACAGAAAAAGAAAUUAAUAAGCCGACUAGAUGGAUCGGAACAGUGCUGGACGCAUUUGUAGUUGAGUUUUUUUAACAUACCGGGUACUCAAGGUAAGAUUCCAUUAUUGUCUCAGUUACUUGUGUGUUCAGUAGUACUAACCGAUGGAAAUUCAGACCAUCAGUCGGGGGCGUCAUGCAUUUUAAUCAAUUCUCCCUCCUAGUCUUCGCGACAGGAACGGGACUGUGCAACGCUUCUCUUCUCCGCCGUACAUCUCAACCAUCUCCCAUAUCCGUGGCCUUAACAACUAUUCCACCUCUCUCGUCAUCGCCUACAUCUCCAACCUCCCAACCAGAAGUUACCACCUCACCAGGAGUCAAAACUGCCCUAAUCGCUGGCAUUCUUACCAUCGGUUCAGACUGCAAUGGCUUCGUUCUCUCAGCCUCAAGCGCAGUCUAUUCAAGCCUCGCCUCCAACGCAUCCGCCCAAAUAGUUUCUUUCAGCACUGCUGCGGCAGCCAGUAUUUCAAUAGCACAAGCUAGUGCCGCCGCCGCUGACGCAAGUGCCUCGGAUGCUAUUGCUUCAGUCCAAUCUUCCGCGGCCGCUGCAUUGGGAAGUGCAAGUGCGGAAAUAACAAGCAUAAAAGCGAGCGCCAGUUCAGAGCUCUCUGCUGUAUCGGCAUCACUUAUCUCCGUCAAUUCACUCGCUACAUAUAGUGCGCAAGCGGCAGCACUGGCCUUAGGAGCAGCAGCUACGGAAUCAGCGUGGGCAAUUUCUUCACAAUUGGCGGAUGCAAAUACGGCGGUGCAGUUUUCAAAGGCGACAACAAUUCCCAUGACGGUUGCCGUGGUGCUUAUUUUAGGAACGAGUUUUGCAAGUAGUGUUUUGAGUGUAUUGAUCUAUCGAUUUUUUUCACGGAGAAAAAUGAAGAGAGAAAGGGAGAGAGAAAAUGAAAUUAGGGAGACACAGAAUGAGUACAAAAAUUAUAGGGGAGGAAUGGAGAAAAAUACAGGGAGUUAUGGGGAUCCAAAUCCAGGCGAUGCACAAAAUUACCCGGCCAGUACUUCACGCUCCGAUCGCUCCUCAGUCUCAACCUCUUACAAUCAAACAAAAUACGCUUCACGGUAUAUGAAUUCUCAUCCGGAAGAAGAAAUUAUGAAUAGAGAUUACGUAGAAGGUGACUAUGAGAGAGGCGAUGAAGAUAACUAUAGCAGGCAUGCAAUAAUCGAUAUUGAAAAAGAAAUCGCAGAAAUGGAUUAUCAAAUGAAGAUGGCAGAAGCGGAAUUAGAGAGAAGAGAUCGGGAAAGAUCUAUUCGUAUAAGUGAGAGUGGGUUGAGUAGGAGUAGCAAGAGUAUUAGCGUGUUAUUUACUCCUAGGGAUACACUGCAAGGGAGGGAGGAAAGGCGAGGAAGCAAUGCGAGGAGUGUGAUGAGUACGAGUAUGGGCAUUGGUGAAAAAUUGAUGAGUAUGGUUAUGCCUUCUUAUCGCCAAUCGCAAGCUCCGUCUGUUUACGAAUCAUCAACACCUACUUCUCCUUUUUCUUCAACAAAAGAUUAUAGAAGGAACUCCACGGGGGAAAUAGGAGACAGAGAAUUAGAAGAAGGAGAAGAGAUUAUCUUUACGCUGGAUGAGAGACCGCCUUCGUUACCGAAAUCAACAACAGUACCGAGAGCAACGCAUGCAUAUACGCAUAGCGAUUCGAGUAUCAUGACGCUUAGCCCUAGUGUUUAUGAUGGUGGGAGUAGCAACGGAAAAAAGAAGAAUGAAAGAAUAAGAGUAGAUGAUUCUCCGACAAUAGGAAGAGAAGAUAGGGGGCCGGUAGGGGGAAAGGGGCCAUAUACAUUUUCGAUCGGGAAGGCUUUUUGAUUGAGCAUCCUGCACACUAAAUAUACUCUGUAGUCUUUGUAAGAUAUCCUUUUUUUUUUUUGGAUUAGAUGCUUUUUGG